ACCAUUAGAGGCGGUAAUUCGUGGAGCGUAUAUUUGGCUGAAUGUCACCAAUGCUUAUCGGCGAUUUUCUUAUUCCCUAUUCAUCUCUAGUGUGCCAAGUGAUUUCAUCAUUAUCGUGAUUCAUUUGUGUCCGAUUCCAUUAUUAUCAUAUUUGAUAUAUUUCUACAAUCAGCGGAGGGAAUAAAUGUGCCCUUCAAGAAGUACUAGCCGGGCCGCGCGAAGGCUACAUAAGGUUAUGAAUAUUUAGCAUUUCGAAAAGACAAGAUCAGUGUGAUACUGAAAACAUCAAAAGUGAUUUGGCACUAUUCGCCGCAAAAAUGACAGUUAUGGAUUUUUUUGGUUGUGCCUUUUUGGCUUUCGGUCCACCGUUGGCUAUGUUUACAUUUACUGUCGCAGCUGAACCUAUUAGAAUCAUCAUACUAAUAGCCAGUGCCUUCUUUUGGUUAAUUUCUUUAUUGUUGUCAUCGGUGCUUUGGUAUGCUGUGGUGCCACUACAAAAUCACCUUGCAUUUGGACUUGUAUUUUCUGUACUAUUCCAAGAAGCAUUCAGGUAUCUCUUAUACUGGGUACUAAGGAAAGCCGAAAGAGGGCUAGAUAAAGUAACAACAACACAUGUAGCAGAUAGCAGACACGUGUUUGCAUAUGUAUGUGGUUUAGGUUUUGGUUUUAUGAGUGGUGUUUUUGCACUAGUCAAUGUCCUGGCAGAUGCUGUUGGACCUGGAACAAUGGGACUUCGACAAGGCACAGAGUACUUUUUUAUAAUAUCAGCAGCCACAACUCUUUGCUUUAUCUUAUUACAUACAUUUUGGGGCGUUGUAUUUUUCUCUGCUCUUGACAGAAAAAAUUGGGGUCAAGUUAUUUGGGUUGUUGGCUCACAUUUGUUUGUGUCAUGUAUGACCCUCUUAAAUGUAUAUCAAGCUUACGUAGCUACCACUUUAUCCGCUUAUGUUGUUUUGAUUAUAACAACUGCACUUGCGUUCAAAGUUGCUGGUGGCAGACCCCAAAGUAUAGUUCAGUGUUUUUCAAGACAGUAAAAGAGAAAACUUUUAUAAGAAAGUUAAAAUACAAGUAGUUGUGUUUGACCCGAAUGAACAUCACAGAAUGAUGAAAUUUUUUUUCCUUAGCCAUUUGAUUGCAAGGAGAUUAUUCAUUGCUCUGAUAUACACUGUGUGUAAAAGGAUAUGAUGUUAAAUUAACAAACCAUAUCUUUGGUAUUAUUAAACAAGCCUAUAACGAUUAGGAAUAUAUUCGUACAGAUCCAAUACAUGUUAGACCUUACUUUACACUUGACCAAAAUGGACAUCUGUUAAGUGUACCAGUAUUAUUUAUCUUUCAAAUGUAAUAUUUUUUCGCAAAAAACUUAAAUAGUAAUACGUUCUAGCACAGAAUUCCUUGGUCAAACUGCUAGUCCGUCCCUUAACCCAUCGAAACAAUUGUAUAACCAUGACGCGACGAUGUUUCGAUCUAAAAUCGAAUUAUAUUGAAAUGUACGAUAUUUUGUUUGUAUUGCAAAAAAAA